AUUCCCUUCAUAAUGAAAGCGAAUUUCAUUGUCGCCAGGGAUCACAGCCCGUAUAUAUUUUUCUUGCCGCUCAAUUUAUUUAUUACGUCUUUUUCAAGCGCUGGCCGCCAAAAACUGCUCCCCAUUACUGCUGUUUGAACUCGGCCCGAUGGGCGUUCUGCCUCCAAUCCGCCGUGUUGUUACCGGCCAUGAUGAUGCCGGCAGAGCCAACAUUGAUAUAGACGCUACCCUUAGCCCUAUUAUACUGCCGAUGCCUAAACACAUGGAAAGAGAGGGAGACUGUAGUGCUCCUGGUUUCACUGUCCUUUGGCGAACGGAUUCGAGCCCAGCUAAAAACCAAGGUCCGUGGGUCGAUUACCACGGCAAACCACUCCCCAUAGCCAGUUCUACCGGCACAACUGUUCGAAUAGUUGACUUUUCACCUGGCUUUACGGCGCCGUUUCAUCGCACAAUUAGCCUGGACAUUGGGGUCGUUCUAGUCGGAGAAGUGGUAUUAGAGCUCGAUGACGGUGUCGAGACUACAGUUCGACAGGGAGAGACUAUUAUCCAACGGGGAACAAUUCACUCGUGGCACAAUCGAGCUGAGACACCAGCUCGAGUUCUCUUUGUCCUGCUGCCAAGCGAGAAACUCCAGUUUGACGGGCAGACUUUGGAAGAAGUUCUCCAUUAAAAUAAAAUAUCAUAUAUUAGCGGCAAGGAUAAUCAGCCUGUGUCCUGAAUAUAACUACGUACAUCACCCUGGUAUCUGAAGGUGUGGCAUUUAUGGCUGCAGCAAUAUCCAAAAAUAGUCUAUAGCCAGCCAUAGGACAACUAGUAGUGAAAAUGUGCACCUGUGUGCAAUUAGUCUCGCUAUUGUUCUUCAAGAUUCAGACGGAACUAGAGGAACGAGUAGAUAGCUAUUGAAUUCAGGUCCAGUGUGAAUAACCAUUGUUCCUUUAUUGCACGUUUUCACCGUCGGUGUCAGCCACGCUAUUUCUGGACGUAGAUUAUGUCCGGCAAUAAUUAGCUGGAUUUGCUCCCCAGCCUCCCAGAUCAUACCAUGCGGCCACAUCUCAAUUUCCACA